AUGGCGGAGCUCACGCCCACACGCCUGAACAUUGGCCUCCCGGAUUCAGUCACUCGGUCCCCCUUCACCGACACUGACACGGACUUUGACUCGCCCCUCCCUUCGCCAUCGCCGGUGGAUCGUCGGUUUUCGCACGGCACGGGCACGGCGUCGCUGGGCUCGGGCAUCUCGAGUGACACAGCCCACGGACAGCGCAGCGCACUUGGCGUUGGAGCGGGCGGCGUCAGCGGCGCUGGACCCUCGGGUCCCUCGGGACCCUCAACGUCCGCUGCCGGCCUCGCCGCUGCGUCCUUGGCGUCGCCGGCCUCGUUGGCCGCACCGUCGUCGCUCGUCACCCCCGCUGGCCAUGGACACCAUCCACGACGCGUGUCGGCAAUCCGCCCGUCGUUCUCCACCAUGCGCGGCAGCAUGCGCCGCGUCUCGCGCGCGCCGGAAUGGGAUGAGGACGCGCCAAAGCUCCCCACCCUCGUGCCCGGAAUUCGGCCCGCGUACUCGACCCCGCUGCCAAUGCUGCCCAUGGGCGUCCUGUGUCUUGCGAUGCUCUCCGAGCUCCUCUCGGCCAACCUGUCGCAACCAUUCAUGCUCAAGAUGGUCGAGCGUUUCUUCCUUGACCAAGGCGUCCCGCCUGGUAGCGAGCUCGAGGCGGCUGUUGGUCUGUGGACAGGCAACCUCGUGUCCGUCUUCUACAUUACCCAGUUCUUCACGUCGCUGCUCUGGAGCAGCAUUGCCGACCGCCACGGUCGUCGUGCCGUCCUUGUCGCAAGCAUGGCUGGAAGUGGACUCUCCCUGCUCAUGUUCGGAACGUCCACAUCUCUCCCCGAGGCCAUCUGUGUCCGUCUCAUCCAGGGUAUCUUUGCUGGUGCCAUCGGAGUGUUCCGCGGCUCUAUCCGUGAUAUUACAGACGACACCAAUGCCACUCGCGCGUACGCCAUUCUAGGCUUCUGCUGGGGUCUUGGUGGUGUUGUUGGACCAAUUAUCGGUGGUCUGUUCCAAGAUCCCUCGGACAACUACCCCGGUACUUGGAUCGGCAACAUCAAGCUGUUCCAGCGCCUGCCAUACCUCCUUCCGACCAUCAUGGGUGGCUCCAUCAUGUUCUUUGGCGCCCUCCUCGCCUGCUUCCUCUCUUGGGACGGUGGUGUUCGUGGUGGCUCGCGUAUCACCCUCGAGGUGGAGAAGGACGAGCCUCUCGUCCCCGGUUCGCGCGCUGGCAGUGUCUCGCCCCAGCCGGCUCACCGUAACAGCGUCGCCGCCGCCUCGGCGGUGCGCAUCCCGGCCAACAACAACCUGUUUUCGCCCGACAGGGAAGACCAGGCUGGCACGUCCGCUCUCGGCACCUCGCACAGGCACGCGGCUCAGCGCCGCGACAGUCUCGCGAGCCUGGGCACUGCUUACGGUUACGGUGGUAUUCGUUCCAAGCAUCCGACGCUUGCUGCCCGUCGUGCCAUUGAGGCUGCCCGCCGUGCCUCGGCCGUGGACGGUGGCCAGCGUGGUCCCGAGGGUGACCGCCGCAGUGUCAGCCUCGCCACCAAGCUCCUGCUCGCCAACGAGGACAACACAUUCAACAUUAACGACCUGUGGCUGUCGGCCGCCGUCGCCCAGGACACGGCUGUGUUUGACGACGACGACGAGUAUGACGAGGAGUUUGGCGAGUCGCGCAUUGACCCGGACAUCGAGGACGACUACGAGGAGGACAUGGAAUCACUCGCAGAGGAAGGCACCCCGCUCCACAGCACUGUCCCGGACUCGUCGCCCCGUCAGCUGCGCAUGUUCCGCACCUUCUCGACAACGCACUCGGGGCCCUCGCGCCACCGCGCAGCCUCUGGCGGAUCCGAGCUCCGUGGUCUGUUCCGCCGCCAGUCGACGAUCUCGCGCCGUUACAGCAACUCGUCCAACGUUGUGCCGUCCAUCUUCUCCAACACUGGUCUCACCAACACCCCUGGCAUUGCUCUUCCCCUUGAUGACGAAGCCGACGUGUUCUCGCCAGCUGGCACCAACCGUCGCGGUGCUCCUCCCGGCCUGACCGCCAUCAGUGAGCAGAACACGACGUCGCCCGUCCAGAGCGAUGCGGGUACCAUGGCCGAGGUCGAAAAGGACUCGAGCCGCUGGAAGCUGCUUCCCCUGCUGGUCAUUGUCCAGUACGGCCUGCUUUCGUGCCACGACUCGACCCAUGGUCAGAUCUUCCUGUCCUUUAUCAUCUCGCCUCCCCAGUCGGGCGGUGUCGGCAUCAGCCCGGCGCACUACUCGUACUUUGUCGCCAUCAUGUGCGUCGGCCAACUCAUCUACCAGUUCUACCUCUUCCCGCGCAUGGGCCCUCCUCUCGGUCCCUUCAACCACCUUCAGAUGUUCCGCAUCGGCUGUGCCCUCUAUGUUCCGGGCUACCUCCUUGUUCCGCUGCUGCACUUCUUCGCAUCGGACAAUGGCGGCGGCGUCAUCGUCAUGACCCUCAUGUCCCUCAUCUCGGCCAUCCGUUACUGCGGAGGUACAUUUGCGUACACGUCGAUCAUGAUCCUCAUCAACGCCAUGACCCCGCCACACCUCGUCGGCCUCGCCAACGGUCUUGCCCAGUCGACAGUGUCUUGUGCGCGUUUCUUCGGCCCCGCCCUCGGCGGCGCGAUCUGGAGCGCGAGCAUUGCGGGCAACCCCGGCGGCUACGCUCGCGGCUUCUUCACCGUUGCGCUCAUGGCGUUGAUCCAGGUGCUCGGGUCGUUCAUGAUCCGCUAA